GGUCGCGGCGUUUCAGCGUCUCGUGGCCUCUGCGGCGCCCGAGCCCGCGAUGUCGGGCCCCAAUAUGGGAAUGCCGGUGGUACCGAGCACGGAAGACGAGGAUGACAGCUUCGGGGAAGCAGAAUACGCUGCCAUCAACUCCAUGUUGGACCAGAUCAACUCCUGCCUGGACCACCUGGAAGAGCAGAACGACCACCUCCACGCCCGCCUCCAGGAGCUGCUGGAGUCCAACCGGCAGACGCGCCUGGAGUUCCAGCAGCAGCUGGGGGAGGACCCCGACGACGAUGACUACGACUACGACUACGACGCCAGCACUUAGGCUCCAGGAGCCUCCAGGCAGCCCUCACCCUGCCUCCAGGGCCAGGCUCCAGCCUGGGCACUCACCACCUGAUUAGAUGCCUUCUCAAGGGCUGGCCUACAGGUCCCCUGGCGGCUCUGCCUGCCUGAGCCGCUCUUCACAUUCUCCCCUCGGCGUGGAUGGGCCACCUCCCACCACCCAGCCUUCCCUCCUGGCGUCAGGUGUGGGCCUGCAACCCUCCCACCUUGCCUGCCUGUCCCACUCCUGGGCUCUCUCCGCUCUGCCCAGGCCUUGAAUGUCCACAUUAAACGUGUCUGCAGUCGCA